GACGACGACCCCAAAAUCAAUUUCGACCCGAAACCCGAAUCCGAACCCGCCAAUUCCGCGGUUGCUGGCUCGAUUAAGAACUAGAGAGGUAAAAUCUGUAUUCUGAGCAUCGAUGGAGGUGGAAUGAGAGGGAUUUUACCCGGUAAGGCUUUGGCUUAUCUAGAACACGCUCUGAAAUCUAAAUCGGGUGACCCGAAUGCCCGAAUCGCCGAUUACUUUGACGUAGCCGCCGGGUCCGGUAUAGGUGGGAUUUACACAGCGAUGUUGUUAGGGUCAAGAGACGGUAACCGUCCGAUCUUCAAAGCAGAGGACACGGGCAAAAAGGUUAAAGCUACUAUGAAGCCUGUUCUUCACUCGGGCUCUUCAUCCAAUGGAUUUUCACACAGAAGAGUUGAAAAAGAGGCUGGGAUGAAUAACGCACAUCCUUCUGCGGACACUACAGAAAACGGUUGGGAAGCUGGAAGUGUGGAUACCCUUUCUCACAAGCUGUUAGUGUAUUUCACAACUUGUAAUAUUGGACAUCAGGUAGAAGUUCAUCUCAAAAAUGGAUCGGUUUACAGUGGCAUAUUUCAUGCUGCUGAUGUGGAGAAGGAUUUUGGAAUUAUUUUGAAAAUGGCAUGCUUGAUGAGGGAUUCACGGGGAACCAAAUCCCGUUCGCCGCUUGUCAGCAAGCCACCUUCAAAGAUACUCAUUAUCCCUGCUGACGAACUUGUGCAAGUUAUAGCUCAGGACCUUCCUGUAUCCAGCAAUAGCGUCUCAGAUUCUGUUCAGUGCGAGAAACCUUUAGAGCUGUUGACAGACUCUCUGAUAUCACAGUUUUAUAAUGUUGAUUUGGAAAGAGAGCUGAAACCUUGGGUACCUGAUGAAGAUGGUCCAGACUGUUCAGAUCUGGAGAAUGUGUUUGAUGAUCCUUGGAAGAGGGGCUGGAAUCAGUUUGAGGUCAAUAAGACAUUAUUUGGAGUAACAAGCACUUUUGAUGAGGAACUGUAUACCACAAAACUUGAGAGAGGUCCUGGAACGAGGGAGCUAGAAGAGCAAGCCUUGAGGAUUGCGAGAGAGAUUGUGGGUGAGAAUACUCGAGAUCUUCACGUAGCAGAGGAAAGAGGGCUCCAGCUUAGUGGAAAGUUUGAUAUUGAUGAGGAAACCAAAUACUCAUCGGUCUGUACGGCUAAUAGAUUUGAUGAUACGGGUUAUGAAGACGAAGAAGAAGACAUAUUGUUGGAUUGCUGCAACAAUUUGACUUUUGGUGACUCUUCUGCUUCUGAUGGCAAGAAACCUGCUUCAACUGGCAAGGUCUAUGAAGAAACAUGGGGUGACAGCCUGCAUUUACGGAAUAACAAAAUUGUAGAUCAGAGCUGGUCGAACUCAAAUAAGCAUACUCACCAGCUUAUGUCCGAACAGCCAUCCAAAGAUUUUCCUGUUGCAGGAAACAAUAUCAGGAAUGAGAGCCAGCUUGGUGAGCAAAGAAAGAGCAAAUUCCUAGGGGCUUCCCUUUAUAAUAAGCCAUCUGAGGAAUCAGUGUCUGGUCUUGAAGAUGCACCACCAUCUGAGAAGCCAAGUUUUAUUGCUGGAAGACUCGGUCUACUCUCUAACAGAGCGAAAUCUGAGAGCUCUCCUGGGUGGCCUGGAAGCUCCAUUUCUAGAAAUUCAGAAAACUCUGCAGCUUCCUCAGCAUCAAAUCGUCCAAUACUAUCACCAAGCUCUUCAAUUGGUUCUUUAUCAUCAGAAAAAUCCACACUCAACCCAAAUGCUAAGGAAUUUAAACUGAACCCCAACGCAAAGAGUUUCAAGCCAUCUUCUCCAUCAGCUAAAAGUCCUCAAUCUUCAGUCCCAGACGGAUCAUUCUAUUAUCCUCCUGUUCCACCCAUGCCAGGACUACGUAUUCGAUACGGAAUGGGAGCAGCAUUCCCUGGACAACAACACCCAAUGAUGUAUAAUAAUACAACACAGCUUAGUCCAAAUCAAACAUAUUAUUCUCCAAAUAGUCCACAGUACCCACAACAGAUGAUGGUUACUCAACAGAGACCAGUCUUGUUCAUGCCGCCAACGCCAUACCAACCGGAGAUGCCAUACAAAGGAAGAGACUCUUAUUAGCUUUUGGCCAAAACCGUGGCUGGUGGUGGUGGCUGGCACAAGGGAAGUUUUUACUUCUGAUGAUGUAAUUAAAAAUUUCAAUUUUUUGAGUUAUGUGAGAAAAAAAUGUUUUUGCUUUCUCUGUUUGCUUGGAUCAGUAAGUCCAAAGAGAUUUGAUGAGCUAAUUCUUCUGUUCAAACCCAGAAAUUUAAUCUUAUGCAAAAGCUUUUGUGUUUGCAUGUUCUGUAAGUUUUAGCUAUGUUCAAAGUUUGAAUCUUUAGAACCCUUUAAAUCAUUUGACCAAUCUUACUGUGUGAUUGAACUUAGAAUCUGUGUUUUAGGAUGGUUUUUGUAAUCUUUUUGGUAUAAUUUCUCUCUUGGAUUUGUUGAUUUUGUGGAUCAUGAACAAAAUUUUGAUGUAAUAAUAUAUUGAUUCAUGAUUG